UAACUUUUCUCUUCCUUCUCUAAAACCCUAGAAUCCACAAGCUCCAUUAGGGUUUCUUUCGCACCUUUUUUUUGUUCAAAAUGACUGCUGAUACCGUGAAUCCAAAAGCUUACCCACUUGCAGAUGCUCAACUUACUAUUACUAUUCUUGAUUUGAUUCAACAAGCUUUUAACUACAAGCAGCUUAAAAAGGGUGCUAAUGAAGCAACAAAGACUUUGAACAGAGGUAUUUCGGAGUUUGUAGUCAUGGCGGCUGAUGCUGAACCUCUUGAAAUCCUUCUUCAUCUUCCUCUGUUAGCUGAAGACAAGAAUGUCCCCUAUGUGUUUGUUCCUUCAAAGGAAGCCCUUGGCAGAGCAUGUGGUGUCACAAGGCCUGUCAUUGCUUGUUCAGUGACAAGCAAUGAGGGAAGCCAGUUGAAAACCCAAAUUACUCAACUCAAGGAUGCAAUUGAGAAGCUUCUAAUCUAGAGCUUUAUAUUACGAAAGAACCAAAAAUAUUGCAGGAAUCCCUUUUGACGUGAUGGGCCUCUUUGUGUUAGAGAACUUGAUUUUCCAGAGGCUUUGAUUGAUGAAGUUGUGUUGUGUUAGUAGUUAAAUUAAGUUUACCCCCUUUUAGUCAGUAUUGUUAGAGUUUGUUGGAUCCAUAUUUUCCUUUAAUAUAAAGUACGAAUGUGGUACAUUGAGAAAGCUUUUGUUGCUGCAUCUGGAUGAUUAAUGGAAUCUGCUUUUAUUUGUUAGAACACUGUCACUGUAUGGAAUUGACGAUAUAGCCAAUGAGAUUGCAUUAAUCCCUAUUUCUGAA